GUGACGUUUGCAACGUUCGAACGUUUAUAAAGGUUUCUGUUCAAUUCGCAUCGAAUCUCUGCGACGAAUUCAACGAAAGCAUAUCAGUGAUACUUUCUCGAUCGAACGGUAACCUAAAUUUUCGUGUAAGGACAAAGGGCUUUUUUGUGUAUAUAACCUGAACAAAUUUUCGAAUAUUUCGUACGCGACGACAAUCGCACGUGGUGAAAAUUUUUCUUUGUCUUUUCGUAAUUAUAGUUUCGAUCUUUGUCGUAAUAUUGUAAAAUUGUGUACGGAAACACGUUUACUGCGAAGCCAGUGAACUCUCCGCGAGUGCUCUCGAAAAGAGAGAAAAAAGAAGCAGGAACGUUUCGUGGCGUUCGCAGGGAAAACGACACGCCAGUGGACACGCUACUGGUCAUAAUGGCUUUAGGAAUUACAACUACCGUGGUUCAUGGUUGGAUGUGAUGUGACACUGAUACGAGGGUCGCAACGCGUAUGAAUCGAACAAUGGAGUUCCUCUGAGCGCAGCUCGUGCAACUCUGCUUCCCUUAGACAUCGAUAUCUCGUCGAGAAAUCGUAAAAAUUGGCUGACUCUCUUCUGUGUCGAAUAAUUCCCUGCAAACAUGUCCAAAUACAAUAUACAGGAGUUCGACCUCGAAACGGGGAAGCAAGUUCGGUUAACCGGAUACAGCAAUGCUGCCUUUGAGGAUCCGCUUCGAAGCAAUAACAAUGAUUUCGAUCAAACCAGCGAGCUCGAAAACAGACUCACCAACAUCCAUGUUUCAGCUCUAGACAAUAAAACUGUGGAUAACAGUGAUCCACAAAAUCCUGAAAAGAACCUGUUAUGCUCUCUGGGUAGAAAAUGGCUGUAUCAACGAAUUAGAAAAUCCUGUAGGAAAAAGUUGCUUUAUAAAAGAGUACCUAUAGUAUCGUGGAUACAAAAGUAUCGCAAGGAUUACAUAGUAAGUGAUCUGGUUGCCGGUAUUACCGUAGGCCUUACCGUUAUACCACAAGCAAUAGCUUAUGCGAACGUCGCAGGACUUCCUUUGCAGUAUGGUUUAUAUUCGUCUUUCAUGGCAUGCUUCGUGUAUACCAUCUUUGGAUCCUGUAAAGAUGUGCCAGUCGGUCCAACUGCGAUUAUCGCAAUUUUAACAAGAGAAACAUUACAGAAAUCAGAUUUAGGCCCUGACUUUGCAGUCCUUUUAACCUUCAUCUCUGGCUGUGUGUGUUUAUUAAUGGGAAUUUUACAUUUAGGUUUUUUAUUGGACUUCAUAUCAGGGCCAGUUUCGGUGGGUUUCACAUCAGCGGCAGCAAUCAUUAUUGCUACCAGCCAAGUGAAGGAUAUCCUAGGCAUUCGUAUAGGUGGUAGUAAAUUCGUCGAAGUAUGGCAAAAUAUAUUUGAAAAAAUCGGAGAAACGAAACUCUGGGACACUGCAUUGGGCAUUACUUGUAUAAUCGUCCUUCUUCUUCUUAGAAAAAUUAAAGACAUACCAUUUAUGCAAAAAGCGGCAAAAAUGUCAUCGAAAGUACAAGUAGUUAUGCAAAAGUCACUCUGGCUGCUAUCUACGGCUCGAAAUAUUCUUGUGGUCCUCGUUUGUGGUGUUAUGUGCUGGCUCCUAGAAAGUCACUUGGGUUCCUCGCCUGUUAGACUGACGGGCCACGUUAAACAAGGACUUCCGGAAUUUCGGCUACCACCAUUUCAAACCUACCACAAAAACGAAACUUACGACUUCGUUGACAUGGUUUCCGCCCUAGGCUCUGGAUGUCUAGUCAUUCCUUUAUUGAGCCUUUUAGAAGCCAUCUCUAUUGCCAAAGUCUUUAAUGAAGGUAAACCAAUCGAUGCAACGCAAGAAAUGUUGGCUUUAGGCGCAUGUAACGUUGUGUCAGCUUUCGUUUCUUCCAUGCCCGUUAGCGGUGGCCUCAGUCGCGGUGCCGUAAAUCAUUCAUCUGGAGUAAAGACGACUCUUGGCGGUGUUUAUACUGGCAUUUUAGUACUUGUGUCACUUCAGUUCCUCACCCCGUAUUUAUACUAUAUUCCUAAUGCCGCCCUUGCGGCGAUCAUCAUUGCAGCGGUUAUCUUCAUGGUAGAGUUGCACGUAAUCAAACCCAUAUGGCGAACAAAAAAAAUUGAUCUCAUACCAGCAAUAGCUACAUUUUUAUGCUGUCUUUUUAUAAGACUUGAAUUAGGUAUAGUAAUUGGUAUUGGUAUAAACGUUUUGUUCCUACUUUAUGCUUCAGCGAGGCCGUCAUUGCGAGUUCAUAAAGAUACAAGUAUUAAUGGUUAUGAAUAUCUUGUCAUAACACCUGACAGAAGCCUUGUUUUUCCGAGUGUCGAGUACGUGCGAGCUGUAAUCAGUAAGCAAGGUACGAAACAGGGAACCGCCGUCCCUAUUGUCAUAGAUUCUACGCACAUUCAAGCAGCAGAUUUUACAGCCGCGAAGGGAAUAAAAAGUUUAACAGAAGAUUUUUCUAAACGUGGACAACCUUUGAUUUUUCAUAAUUUGAAACCAAGUGUCAUUGAAAUUUUCAAAGGUGUAAAACCUUCUGGUUUGAGGUGUAGUUCUAGUGAACUUGAACUUAAUGACUGUUUGAAAGAAUUUUCGAAUAUUUCAUCGGCUACUAUGAACGGGUACUGAUGAUAUUUAGGUUUUUAAAAAUUGUGUCCCGG